AUGCUCCACUUUCUUGCAUGCGCUCUAACACUGACGCUGGGAUUUGCGAACGCAAAACAACAACGUUACACCCUCAAGGUUGUGGAUGCUAACGUAAAUCCCGAUGGGUUUCCGAGACCUGCAGUCACUGUUGAUGGGACCUUCGGCCCUUUGCUCGCCGCAGGACGCUAUGAUGACUUUCAAAUCGAGGUGAACAAUCGUCUCAGUGAUCCUAGGAUGCUCAAAGGAACUUCCAUUCACUGGCAUGGCAUCUUCCAACAUCGUACUGCCGCCAUGGAUGGUCCUGCAUUUGUGACUCAGUGCCCAAUCGCAUCGGGGCACAACUUCACGUACGAGUUUCCCACUGGGGGACAAACUGGAACAUACUGGCAAGCGCUCUCACAGUACCACUCACAUUACUCGACCCAAUACUGCGAUGGCUUGCGAGGCCCUAUCGUCAUCUAUGAUCCUCAAGACCCUUACCUGGGAUUUUACGACAUAGACGACGCAAGUACUGUCAUAACGUUCGCAGAUUGGUAUCAUGCGUUUGCUCCCGUAGUUGCUGCAAGACCUGGACCUCCAACACCUGACUCGACCCUGAUCAACGGCCUCGGUCGCUGGGUGGGUAACCCGACAGGAUCUUUAUCUGUUGUAUCGGUGAAGCAUGGAAAGCGAUACCGCAUGCGACUCAUUAACAUCGCAUGCGAUCCCAACUAUUUUAUAACCUUCGAAGGACACACCUUGACUGUCAUCGAAGCAGAUGGCAUCACGACCAAGCCUCAAGUUGUGAAUUCAGUGCAGCUUUUCGUGGGUCAACGCUACUCCGUCAUUCUUACCGCAAAUCGACCCGUCGCUAAUUACUGGAUCCGAGCGAACCCUUCGAGCGGCCCGCCAGGCUUUUUGGGUGGAAUUAAUUCCGCUAUCCUCCGUUACGAAGGUGCCCCUGCGUCGCAACCUAUUGGUGUUACACAAUUCUUAGGAAAAACCCUUCUCGAACAGAGUCUGGUUCCUCAGUCUAACCCUCAUCCCCCCGGGGGCCAUAAUCCUCCCGACGUGGACUUCGUUUUCAACAUUACGUCCGGUAACCAUUCGUUCUUCAUGAACGGGGUCACCUAUCAAUCACCAUCAGUCCCCAUUAUCCUACAAAUCUUGAAUGGGGCGGAUCCUAGGAACCUACUCCCCAAAGGGUCUGUGUAUAUCCUGCCGAAGAAUAGCGUGAUUCAGAUUUCCGUUCCUGGUGGAUCGCUCGGGGCCCCUCACCCUUUCCAUCUGCACGGUCAUUCGUUCAGCGUCAUCCGUAGCGCGGGACAGACCGUGUAUAAUUAUGACGAUCCAGUCCAGCGGGAUGUUGUUUCGACAGGAGGAUCAAAAACGGAUUUUACCACGAUUAGAUUCAGAACGGAUAAUCCUGGACCUUGGAUAUUCCACUGUCAUAUUGACUGGCAUCUUGGAGCGGGUCUGGCCGUCGUCUUUGCGGAGGAUCCAGCGGGACAAGUGAAAGGACCUCAGUCUCAAAAACACACCAAAGCUUGGGAUCAACUAUGCCCUAUUUGGGAUUCGCUUCCUGACUCAGAACAUUGA